UUUUUGUUUUUUCUCCGACAGUGGACGGGUAGGCAGCUCAGAGAGAAAGAGCGAGAGAGAGAGAGGGAGAGAGACGGGAAAGGAGAAUGUCUGGGAUCCAACUUCGUUUCUAUCGCGUCCCGGGAACGAGAAUUUCGUCAUCUGCAGAGGAGCUCCCACAUUGGUGGAGAUCAUCAUCACCACCGUCGUCAUCAUCAUCUUCGUCUCCUUCUUCGUGUUAUUGGAAUCGCAGAGUAAACAUGGGAAGACGACUCGUGGUCUCCUGCAAGAGGGCGUCCGGCUUCCCCAAUAACGGCAGUAGGUCGCCGGGGAAUCGUCGACGUGAUAGGGACCGGGGCGAUGGAAACCAUGGGGAGUACAUUGAGGCCUUCCUUCUUGCGCCAGAAACUGUCAGGCACCACAAGUUGCGAAAGAGUGGCUUCAUAGUUGAGGAAAACUGGAAUACUCUUGGCCAUUUUCUCACCUUUCCUCUUCAAGGCAAGGAUUACAAUGCUCAUGCCAUUUCCUCAGUUGGAGAGAGUUUCUUCAGGCAGUUUCGAAAUCCCACAAUAUUUCUGAAAAUUGCAUGUGAUGGUGACUUCUGGCUGCCUAUUAUUGUUGGAGAAUUUGCUAUGGAAGGGUUAAUCACUGCACUACAAGGCAAAAGGGAGGAGUCCCCAGAUCAAUUUGACUUCAUGAAAGAUGUUGUUGAAGCACUUGGAUACGAGAUAAGAAUGGUGAGGAUUACGGAAAGGAUUGUAAAUACUUACCAUGCACACAUUGAUAUUGGCAAGGCUGGGGAGCAGGCUGUUCUUAGUCUGGAUUCUAGGCCAUCAGAUGCAAUAAAUUUGGCAAGAAGAUGCAAGGCACCAAUAUAUGUAAAUAAGCAGAUAGUGUCAGCAGAUGCCAUUCAAGUUGUUUACGGGAGGUGGAAAGGGAAUGAUAUGAAGUCCACUUAUGACGUAUUAUUGGACAGUGCGGAAGGACCUGAUCCUGUGUCAGAGGAGCUUAGUUUAGUGAGGAAAAUGAAUUUGGCAGUCACAGAGGAGCGUUACAAAGAUGCAGCUUCAUGGAGAGACAAACUCAACAAGUUUCGUUUAUCACAAUAUGAACCAUAGUUGGUUUGUCAUUUAAAAGGAUCAGUAAAUUGGGGCUCUAGGUUGAUAGCGGAACUACCAUGCCAGCUUUGUACAGGUCUUGCUAAUACCAAGUUAUUCUAACUGUAUAUAAUCAUUUGCUAAGCAUUUGCCUCCUUGUGCCUAGUACUGCCUUUUCCUACCAAGGAAGUAAAUCUGAGCAUAGGUAUUCGCCUUGAUUAAGGUUGAAUUGCUAAUUGCACAGAUUCUGUAUCUAUGAAAUUGAGAUUUGGUCCCUUUCCGUAGAGAAGGAACACCCACUGCCACACACAGAGUUAAAGCUCCAUGCAUGAGCUAAUUAUAAAAAAAAACGCUGGUUAGUUGACAUUGUAAA